AUGUCGCUGGGUUUUGCCCCACAGCAGCAGCAGCAGCAGCAGCAGCAGCGGCAGCAACAAUCGGGGCAACAGCAACAACAACAUGCAGCAGCAGCAGCAAAAAGUAUAACACGACCGCAGCAGCAGCAGCAGCAACAUCAGCAACAGCAGCAGCAGCAGCAGCAGCAACAGCAGCAGCAGCAACAGCAACAACAGCAACAGGUUUGUCUAUUGGGCUGCCUGGCCUUACUGGUGGCCGGCGAGGAGCUGGCUGUGGGAGCGUCAGAGAAGCAGGACGUCAAUGUGCCGGCGACGAGCGAGUUCGAGACAUCGCACAAGGUGCCGGAGGCGAACGUGUUAGGUGAUGAAGGUUUCCACACGGCGCACAGGAUUAGCAUUCGUGCCACAGACCCGGCUGAAUAUUCCAUGAAUCUGCUGUCCACCAAGGAGCGGCCCGAACUGAACCCAGUGCUCAGUGCGCUCAUCAACGAGGAUGUGAUGAAGAGCAUCGAGGCCAAGCGUGCCAUCGAGGAGGAGGAGCUGGCUGAGGUGCGUCGCGAAAUCGAGGAGGCUUCCCUCGCCGAGCUGGCGCUGAAGGGCGUCACAGAGCAGCCAGCGCUGCAGCUAACCACACAGCCGACGGCGUCCAAGAAGAUUGACAAUCUGGACGAUGAUAUGCUGGUUGAUCCUCACGAAGACUUUGUCAAUCAGAACUUUGCACUGGAUGGCGCCGGUAGCGAGAACAACAAGAAGUCGCGCAUCGAGAUCAAAAAGGGACCCAAUGGCCAGGACUAUGAGUACGAGUAUGUCUACUACUACGAGGAGGACGAGGAUGCCGACAGCAAGGCCAAGCCCGCCAUCGAUGCACCCGCUGCCGUUGAGGCGCCCGCCGAUCUAACGCCCGAGACGCGCGGCAAGACGCGCUACUCCAAUAUCGAUCGCAGCACCCCGGCCACGCCCAGCGAGAAUAGUCUGCAGAGCGGCAAGGCAAAGGGACGCGCCUCGAGCGCGGCCAGCGAGACCUCCGAUGACAUCGAGGCGGAGCGCCUGCCCCUGAAUACGCGCUUCCCCAGCCGUGGCAAGAACAUUGAGGUGCAGCCGACGCCGGCGCUGGAUUCGCUGGAAACGGCCGCGGAGCGCAAGAAGAUAAGCGUAAAGCGUCCCAGCCUGGAGCUGGUCGACAGCUCGACCUUCAACACGGACGAGAAGCAGCUCAAGGGCUCACGCAACGGCGACAAGGAGCUGAAGCCUGUCAUUGACGUCGAACAUGAGGAGGCAGCAGCCGCCGCCGCCGCCGCUGCCGCAGCCAAGGAGCGCGAGGAGGAGCAGGAGCAGCGCGAGAUCACAGCCAAGCUGGACGAUGAUGCCGAGCAGACAACGCCGUCCAUGGAGAAGGCCGCACUCGAUCUCUAUGCCAUACUGACCAACGAGAACCUCAACAACGAUGAGACGACCGCAGCGGAUGCCAACGAUGAGACCACGGUCAAUCCCGACACGGCCAGCACAGAUGUGGACGAUGCCGGUCUGACCACGCUGCAGGAGGAGCUCUCCUCGACGACAACUACUACCACAACCACGACAACAACCACUACAACCACCACAGAGGCGCCCACCACGACAACCACAACGACAACCACGGCGGCUCCUUCCCUGUACGGCGGCAGGCGCUCGGGUCUCAGCGGCCUGGCCGGACGCAAUCGCUUCAAGCUGCGCGACAGCGGCUCCACCAGCACCACCACCACCACCGAAUCGGCGCCCACGGAGCCCACCAAAACCGGCAGAAAUCGCUUCUCACGUCCCUCGAUUGGCGGCCGUUCUCGUCCGGGCGCUCGCACCACCGCGAGCCCCGAACCCGCGGCAGAGCCCGCUGCCGAGGAGGAGAUUGUGCCCGCCAAGGAGGUGAAACCCGUCAGCUCUGGCUUCGGACGCGGCAGACCACGCAACCGCUUCAAUCUGCGCGGCACGAGCACCACCACCACCACCGAGAAGUCCGCUGCAGGCGAGGAGGGCGCUGAUGGAGCCAGCUCAGCCGAUGCUGCGCCCAGCACAACGGCACGCAGCACGCUGCGCGGUCGCCCCGGCCUGAAUCUGCGUGGACGCAGUCGCACCACCACUACCAAGGCGCCAGCUGCGGAGGGCGCAGCCGCCGAGGAGGGCAGCAACAGCGCGGACGAGGGCAAGCCAGCGGCAGCUGCGGCACCGGAGCCAGUGCGUCCGUCGCGCUUCAAUUUGCAUCGCGCCGGCGGCAAUCGGCUGCUGCCACGCGGCAAGCUGGGACGCGCCGGGGUGAGCACGGAGGCACCCAAGGAGGCAGCCGAGGACUCGGCGGCCGACAGCAGCCAUCACAACGAUGUGAAGGGCACGGAGGCGGAGGGCGGCGAGGCCGCUGAGAAGACUGAGGAGGGCGAUGCCGCUGCCGGCAGCGCUGCCAACCAUGCCGGACCCGUGUCCGGCCUCAAUCGCCUCAAGAACCGACCGCGCCUCAAUGCGCUGCACAAGACUGACGCGGCCAAGCCCAAGGCAGCCGCUGGCGCCGGCUCAGCAGCUGCUCCCGCAUCCUCGCCAGCGGUGGCGCCGCGCAAAAUCAACCCGCUGCUAGCCAAGCGUCGUCUGCAACUGGGCGGCGCAGCGGCCGCAGCGGCUACCUCGACGACAGAGACGCCCGCUGAGGGUGGCGCAGCAUCGGAUGCGUCCGGCGAGCAGGCAGCCAAGGAGGAGGCCGCGCCCGCCGCGGGCGGCAGCUCCGACGAGGCCGAGGCCAAGGAGCAGGAGACAACCGAAGCCGCUGAAGCCACCACCAAGCAACAGGCGCGCGGUCUUGGCCUGCUCGGCCAGCGUCGGCGUCUGCCGCUGCGAAAGCCGGGCACCAUACUGUAAGCCGGGACAAGCCUUUAAAUGACAACAGCAGCAACUAUUCCCUGUCCCUGUCCCCGUCCCCGUUCCCGGCCCAGUCCCAGUCCCCUUUCCCGGUAGCAGCUGAAACUAAGGCGGAUGUGAAUGCUCCAGCGGAUGUUGCAGUUGCCCCAAAUCCUCAGACCCUCAGACAAGUGUCCAUUCCCAUGCCAAAACUUCUUCCAACAUCCCACUACUUGCCCCGCCAACUGCUCCUGCCAUCUCUCCCCCUCUCUCUCACUCUCUCUCACUCUCUCUCUAUCUCUCUCGCUCUUCAUUUCUCUCUGCCUCUAUUUGCUGCUAUUCUCCUAAUUGGAUGGCUCCGCCCGUCCAACCCAGCGAUAAUAAUUUUUACAAUU